AUGUCGUCAGAGGAAGAGUCUGAAAUCGACAUCUCAAAUUUGACAUCUAAAAUUGAUGUAGAACAGAAUAAGUCUGUUAGAUACCGAACUAGACGUAGAGCUAUUGAUUUAGUAGAAAUGAAAGAAGAAACUGAUUGUCAGGAUCAUCUUCUUCAGGAUUUUAAAGAUUUGCAGAAUAUGUCCCGUCGUGUGUUGUCCAGCGAUAUAAUAAUAGAAUUGCUCGGAAACGGAGAAAACUCUGAUUUAUCUGAUUUCUCUGAUGGUUCAGAUAAUAAUGAAGAAGAUGAAUUGGAUAAUCUGCUAGCUAUGAAUGAAGUAUAUGAAAAUUUUGAUUUUCAAAAUAUAGAGGAUGAUAUAGAUUGGAAUAUUGAUAAUAUUGAUGAUGAUAUUGUGGUUGAAACAGAAAAUGUUGAUAGAGUGCUGGAAAAUCCAACUACAUCGUAUAAAUAUCAUAGUGUGAGAAAAGAAAACAUAAAAUGGGACGCAAAGCCACUUACUACAAGAGAAAUUGUUUUUACAGCAGUACCAGAAAAAGAUUUUCCAAGUGCCCCAUUACCACCUAUAGAAUAUUUUCUAAAAUACUUUUCAACUAUAUCAUUUGACGACAUGGCACAUUUUACCAAUUUAUUUGCUCAACAAAAUAAUACUAGAAACUGGACAGAUACUAAUGUAUCAGAAAUGAAGGUAUUUAUUGGAAUACAUUUGUAUAUUGGUAUUAUUGGGUUCCCUCGAGUCAUUAUGUACUGGCAGCCAGAUUAUCGAAUAGAUAUAAUAGCAGAUAACAUGACAAAAAAUAGAUUUUUUGAACUAAGAACUAAUUUUCAUGUACAAGAUAAUUUAUUAAAUCCUACAGACAAUAGUGAUAAAUUUUUUAAAGUAAGACCUUUGUACAACUCAAUAAAAAAAAGAUGCAAUGAACUACAUACUGAAAAAAACCUAUGCAUUGACGAACAAAUGGUACCAUUCAAAGGACGCCUUGGUCUCAAACAAUAUAUGCGUGGUAAGCCCAGUCCGUGGGGUAUAAAGCUAUAUUUAUUAUGUGGGGCUGGAGGCAUGGUUUAUGACCUAUUACUAUAUCAAGGCUCAAACACCGAAUUAGAUCAAGAAACUAAGGCACACUUUGGAUUAGGUGGAUCAGUUGUUCUGAAAUUGUGUGAACAGCUAAAGAAAAAUAGACACAUAUUAUAUUUUGACAAUUUCUUUACAUCUUAUAACUUAUUAAAUGCUCUUCAAGAUCAAAAAAUAUAUGCAGCAGGUACAGCUAGAGUUAAUAGAUUUGCAAAUCCACCUCUUAUGACAGAUAAACAUUUACGAAAAUUGGGUAGAGGAGCAUCUUUUGAAGUAACUGGAUCUAAUGAACAUGAAGGAAGAACAAAUCAAAUAGGAAUAAUAAAGUGGUUUGAUAAUAAAGGUGUUGUACUAGCUUCUAACUUUUUGACAUCAGGUAAUACUGAUGAAGUUAACAGAUGGGACAAGAAAGAAAAAAAAUACAUUACAUUAGAAAGACCAGAAAUAGUAAAGUUGUACAACAAAAGUAUGGGUGGAGUCGAUUUACAUGACCAAUUGAUCAGUUAUUUUCGAAUAUUUAUUAGAUCACGUAAAUGGACUCUUCGUAUGGUAACACAUUCUUUUGACAUGGCUUUGACAAAUAGUUGGAUGGAGUACCGAAAUGAUGCAACACAUUGUAAUAUUUUAAAAAAAAUGGACUUGCUUCUUUUCAAACAACGUGUAGCAAAAACCCUUAUUUCUCUUGGUAGAAGUCAAAUGUAUACUCCUGAGCGCAAAAAAAAAGUAGGAAGACCUAGUUCUUCACCUUCACCACCAUUAAUUCCAAUAAAAUCAAGAAAACCAAGAAAUAUUGAUGAUCCAACUCCAUAUAAUGAAGUUCGUUAUGAUUGCAAUAAUCAUUUUGCUAUAUUCGAUGACAGACAACAUACUACUAGAUGCAAUGCUGGAACAUUAAUUAUGGGAUUAUUUCCAGUUAUUAAUACAUUUACCUUUGAUAUGGAAGCUUCAGUCAAAUUUGCUAACACACUAUCUAAAUCAUCAAUGCAAUUAGCAUUUUCUGAAUGUUGA